UAACUAGAUCUAGUUGGGAUUUUUACUUGAAUUAAGUUGAGACUGGCACCGACAUCGGUAGUUUAUUUUUUGAAAAGUUAAGUUAGCAGAGUCUGAGGUUUUGUAUCUUGUUUUUAAUAUAAAUUGCUUCGAGAUGGCGAAACUGAUAUCAAUAAGCCUUUUGCUCUUCCUCAAUCAUGUCGUUGUUUAUGCUGAAAAUCUUAGUCAGUACUGUAAUACCAAUUUGUGUAAGAAACAAAGGACACACAUUGCGUGCGAUAAUAACUUGAAAAUCAACUCAUCCUGUGCCAGUUACAGUGAAAUGCUCAAACUUUCACCAAAAAUUAAACAAAUCAUUCUCAACAAACACAAUGAAUACCGCAACAAGUUGGCCUUGGGAGGAGUUCCUCACUUCCCAUCGGCAACUCGAAUGGCAACAAUGCGAUGGAAUGAUGAAUUGGAAUUUAUGGCAAGUUUGAAUGUCAAAUCGUGCACUGGGACUCAUGAUACUUGUCGAAAUACACGUAACUUCAAACAUUCAGGACAAAAUAUUGCUAGAAGGACAACAUUCAAUGAUACCAUUCCAUUGGAAACACUCGAAUACAACAUCUAUCAUGGUAUUGAUAGAUGGUUUCGUGAGCAUUUGAUAUGUGAACGUGAUCGAACAGUGAUAUUUAAUAAUGGAAAGAAGAAAUGUGGUCAUUUUACUGUGAUGAUUGCGGAUCGGAAUACACAUUUGGGAUGUGCGGUUAUGCAUAUGAAGAAGGAGAAGACAGUUUUUACGUGUAAUUAUGCAUGGACGAAUAUUAAAAAUGCAAAGUUGUAUAAUACGGGUAGAGCAACUUCGCAAUGCAAGACGGGAAAGAAUCCUAGAUAUCAAGGAUUGUGCUCAAUUAAUGAGAAAUAUCCAUAGAUAUUGAGGAACCUAUAAAGGAUUAUUACUAUAAAUGGUGUCCUCAUGAAAAAAAAAUAUAGUUAACUACUAUGAUUAUAGAAUUAGAUAAAUGAUUGUUAAAUUUUAUAUUGAUAUGAGUGAAUUAAAAUAAACCUUCAA